CUUUUAACGAAGAAUUGCUGUGACCUCUCCCCACCGGCGGAGGUGAGACCGGUGAGACUACUGGUGAGACCGUGAGACUCGCGGUCUGGGUGUUCGAGCACUUUCCGUGCCCGCCUCGUGUGGCAUGACCGGCGGCGCACCGUCAUGGUCGUGGCUGCGUUUCCGAUUGCCAAGUUGGCCGCUCUGGCCUUCCGUCAGCUGAGCAAGCCACUGGCCAACCGCAUCAAGCAAGGGGCCAAGAGCAGCCCCUUCUUCCGUACGUACGUGUGCAUGCCACCGGCGCAGCUGUACCACUGGGUCGAGGUGAACGUCAAGAUGCGUAUCCUGAACCUGGGCAAGCCCUCCGAAGUGCCUCCACUCAAUGAGGCGAUGGCCAUCGAGCUGGGCGCCGAGCUUCUCGGCGAGAUGAUCAUCUUCGCUUCGGCCGCCGCCACGCUGAUCGCCGAGUACAUGCGCCAGGCGCGCAAUGAGCGGCUGCGCGAGAACGCCAAGCAGGAGAAGCAGCUCUGCCUCGAGUGCGAAGUCAAGGACCUGCGGCUGCGCGUCGAACAGCAGGAAGCACAGAUCAAGCACCUCACCAGGCUGGCCGGCACCUUUGUCGUGGCGCCGCCGCCGAAACCGCCGCCGCCACCAUCACCGCCACCACCUGCUGAAGAGGGCGCCAGAUCGAAACCCGCUCCGGUUGGUAGCUCCGAAACGAAGGCUUCUGCUCCAGGCAACACCGAACCUACCAAAGCGGCUUCGGCGAACAGCAUCGAAUCCAACACCACAGUCGUAGGUCGCGCCUUGAACGAUGCCACGGCUAGUCUUCUAGGAAAGACGCUGUCGUAGUCCCGGUGCGGACGACGGGCGCUUCCGGUGUUAAGAGGACCCCCGCGGGACGUCGCAUGUGUCCUACACGGAGCUAGUUCGUGCGCUCUCGAAAAAAGUCCGCCUGACGUCUGAAGGGUGCUGUUACGCGUAUAUUGUCACGUUGCUCCGCAAAGGAGUUGACCUCUCACUCUGUUGUGCUGGAAUCGACAUGUCCACGGUGAUCCCUUUAUUUUCUAGUUUCUCUGGGUAGCAACGACAGCGUUCGGAGUGGCACGCGUGUGCGCCUUCAAGUGUCUUUUUUUGCAGCUCAGCACAACGAUGGACGCAUAACUGAACAAACACAAUUUCUUUUGCUAUUUAAGCCAGUGUUAGGCACAUGCUUGGUGCACAGUACAGAUGGCGUAAGCCUGGCUUUCAUGUAAGUGGGCCUUGCGGAAUGUUAUAGAUAUUGCAUAAUAAUAAAGAAACACCAUGAGAGCUGAA